UUAUAAAACGUGUGUAGUAAGUUUCGCGAAGAACCCUAGAUCUUCUAUUUCAUUCACCGAGAUCUAUCGAAGAGAAGCAAGCAAAUCUGUGUUUCAGAAACAACAAAACCUCUCUCUCUCUCUCUCAAACUCACUGAUUCGUGUGUGUUGUGUUCCGAUGGAGAUCGAUCGCACGUUUGUAAUAUUUGAUUGCAAACCCAAUGGUAGUGAUUUAUUCUUCGGAGGAGCCAUAGUCUUGUCUCAGACGCUGGGUGAUAGUUUGGCUUUCGGUAAUAUCGAUUUUGAGCGCAACUACAAGGCGAUCCACUCCAUGCUCAACAAUAGAAUGUGGAUGGUUCAUGACAAAGUCAAUUGUGCAAGGUUGACUUACGGAUGUAAUAAAAUUGGAAAACCACCUCCCACUCCCACAUCUGUAAUUGAUACAUCUCUCUUCACGUCGUCCAAAACGAAGCUGGGCCGAGCUGCUGUAAUGUUCGGUUUGGGUAAUGGUCCUAAUGGAUAUGAAUCGAACCUUUCUGCUAUCUUGGCAUGUACAGAGAUCAUGUCAAAGUUGGAUGUGCCAAUGGAGACUUUAAAUGAUACAGUCCAUCCUAUGAUUUAUUAUCUCAUGCAAUAUAAUGAUCAGAUGAAUGAUGAGGUCAGAGCCCGCUAUUUUAACGAGGCCGAGUAUCCAUCACUCAACAAGAUUGACGAUAUACCAAUCAUGAUGUUGGUGGACGAUGUGCUAACGACACGCAAGGCUGAGUUCAAGAAACUCUACUCUGAGCGACAGAAACAAAAGGAGGAUGAGAGCAAGGAUCUGGUGUAUUACGAUUACAAUAACAUUCUAUCUCGUAAGGAUGAUGAUGAUGAUGAGGAUUCUGACAAUGACCAAGACCAGGAUAUGAUGAACGAUGACUAAGUAGGCGUGGGUUGCUUCAUUGAUCAUCUUGUAUGGAUUUCAUGUUUGUUAGUGUUUUAAACACAAGCUUUUCGCAGAGUUUCUAUGUGUGUGUGGACCUUUUGUUUUUCUAUCCAACUUAAACCUUAGUUUGAAAUCCAAGAUAUUAUAUUAGAUGAAAUCGAGAUAUUUUCUC